GCGGGACCGCGAGCCGCGCUUGUAAACAGACCGCGGGGCUGGGAUGGUCGGCGGCCAGACGGGCUGUCACGGUGAGGCCGGCUUGCUGCGAAGCCGAGCCCCAGCCAGGAGUAGGCUGCAGGCCCCGCAGGAAAUUAAGGAUUGCAUGGCAUUGCUUUGGCAAGCACUUCCUGUUAUCUUUACAGAGAUCUCAAUGAAGAAUAAUCUCAAAGGAGCAUUUGCCUUCCCACACCUCUGCUAAUGGCCAUUAGCUACUAGCAAAUGCUCUUAAUGACUGAAAAUACAUCAACUAUCCUUGUGCUUGGCCUGCUCUAGGCAGUCGAAUGAAGGUUUCUUUCAGUUGUUUCCAGAACUUUAUUGCUGAAGCGCACCUCUCUUUGUUGGGUGAAUGAAUGUUCAUGAAGCCCUUUCCUGAACCAGCUGAGGAGCCUUAGGUCUCUUGGAGCCUGUGACAUGGAAGCUUUGGAAGUGGAUGAUAUCAGCCCAGCCUUGGAAGUUACUGAGGAUUUCUUUAGUACUUUUGAUACUAAGCUAGAAAAGGCUGUGCAGCAAGCUGAGGUUUAUGGGAUUCAGGAAGUCCCUGAAUUGGUGGGGCAUGAGGUCCUCACUAACAUAACAGACAAUGGUGCUAUCAGAAAUGUUGCCUCCCUGGGCAAGGGGGGCCUGAUUUGGGACCACUGUAAGAGCAGGCUAUUAGAAACCAAAGCUCAAAAUGUCUUCCCUGCCAAAGAACAGUUUAUGGUUCAGAAGGGGACAGCCCCAGAUAAUCUUUCCUGGAUGGAACAAAAGGAAGCAUCGACCUUUAAUUUUUUCAACAUCUGUCCACGUCGGAGGGAUAGGCCUCGCUCCGUCAAUGACUUAUUGGAUGAGACCUCUACUUUCAAGCCAGGGCAUGCUCGGUCAAGGUCAGAUAUUACCCAGGUGGACUGGAGGCUAGUCCUCCAAACCAUGCCUCUGCAGCAGCAACCGUGUCUUCGGGGCCCUCAUUUCACCAGGCCAGCUUUUCUGUCGUCCUCACCAAAUAAGGUCGAAGAUGCUCAAGGGAAUACUGAACACAAGCAGGCAUUCCCAAACCUUCUGAAGAAGGGGUACCUGGAGAUUAGGAAGGACCAUGACAGUUACUGGCAAAGCUGUUAUGCAGAACUCUCCCCCUACAACUUCUACUUCUACAGCCUUGACAGCAGUGGCAAUCAAGCCCUCUAUGCCACCUACCAGCUUUCACACUUCCAGAGCAUAUCUGUUUUGGGCAACCUCGAGGCCAGGCUGGUGGAUACCGUUCUGUAUGACAACACUCAGCUGCAGUUAAAGGCAGAGUCACCAUGGGAGGCUUUGGACUGGGGGCAGAAGCUUUGGGAAGUCGUGCACGCCACCGUGCCUGGUUAUGUGGGGCGGCAAGAUGAGCUGGCCAACUCACCAGGGCUUGGUCAUCACGUUGACUGUACACAGAAUCAUUGUUUACAGAAGAAAUCCAGUGAGCUGCUCGCACCAUCCCCUGUCUUGGAUAGUCCCAAACAAUACCAAAACAUCAUCAAGUCAGGGACGCUGUACAGGCUCACCGUCCAGAACAACUGGAAGGCAUUUACUUUUGUGCUUAGCAGGGCCUACCUUAUGGCUUUCCAGCCUGGCAAGCUAGAUGAGGAUCCCCUGCUAAGCUACAAUGUGGAUGUGUGUCUGGCUGUCCAGGUGGACAACCUGGACGACUGUGACUCUUGCUUUCAAGUCAUUUUCCCCCAAGAUGUCCUCCGCCUCCGUGCUGAGACCCGGCAGAGGGCCGAGGAGUGGAUGGAGGCUCUGAAAACAGCAGCCAAUGUGGCGAGGAGUUCAGAGCAAAACCUGCAAGUCACCCUGAGGAGCAAACCCAAGGAUCAGAUGGGUGGGCACGAACUCAGGAAGAACAAACGUCAGUCUGUGACCACCAGCUUCCUCAGCAUUCUCACAACUUUGUCUUUGGAGCGAGGACUCACUGCUCAGAGUUUCAAAUGUGCAGGAUGCCAGCGAUCCAUAGGCCUUUCCAGUGGGAAAGCCAAGGUGUGCAAUUACAGUGGGUGGUAUUACUGCAGCAGCUGCCAUGUGGACGACAGUUUUCUCAUCCCCGCACGCGUAGUCCACAACUGGGAUACUUCAAAAUACAAGGUAUCUAAGCAGGCCAAAGAGUUUCUGGAGUACGUGUACGAAGAGCCCCUGAUCGACAUCCAGCAGGAGAACCCCAUGCUGUACCGCCACGCCGAGCCCCUGGCCACCGUGGUGCGGCUGCGGCAGCGGCUGAAGUCUCUGCGAGCCUACCUGUUCAGCUGCCGGGCGGCUGUGGCCGAGGAUCUGCGCCGCAGAAUUUUCCCCAGAGAAUACCUCCUUCAACAGAUCCACCUAUAUUCCCUCGCUGAUCUGCAGCAGGUGAUAGAGGGGAAGCUGGCUCCAUUCUUGGGCAAGGUCAUUAAAUUUGCCACCUCACACGUGUACAGCUGCAGUCUUUGUAGCCAGAAGGGGUUCAUCUGUGAAAUCUGUAACAAUGGAGAGAUCCUCUACCCUUUUGAGGAUAUUUCAACAAGCAGAUGUGAAAGCUGUGGAGCCGUUUUCCAUUCUGAAUGCAAAGAGAAGUCCGUCCCCUGCCCGAGGUGUGUCCGCAGGGAGCUGCAGAAGAAGCAGAAAUCUUUCUGGCGGAGGCUGAACAUGGACGAGAGCCUGGAGGAGGCUUGCAACAUGUUCGAGCUGUCCUACCAGAACACCUGAGUCAGCAGGGGCCCGAGGCCAGGGAUUGACCCCGGGCUGAUGUAGCAGCCGGCAGCUUCCCAGCUAGCCCGUUCGAUCCCUUUGGAAGAAGAGGAUGUCUCAUCUUCAGCUAGACAAUAGAUGUAGAUUUACAUACAUAUCCACACCUCCCAAUAUGUCCUGUAUGUAUGUUCUGUGUAAAUCGCUGUCCAAAAGGUCCGGGAAGCCUCUGUGGCUCAAAAAACUACCAACAGAGGCUUCAAAAAAAAAAAAAAAAAAAAAACUACCAAUAGCUGAAUUACAUUUAGCCAUGAAUUUCAGCAGCUCGCUCCCAAGCAAAACGUGGUUUACACACAAUGCUUUAUAGGUCAGACUUGUUUUUUCCUUUUUUUUUUUUGGUUCUCAGGGGCCAUUUUAUUACACAGGACAGGACACAGGAGGAAGCAUUUCCUACAGAACCACAGAACUUCGGGUUAUUUUUGUGUUAUUUAUUUUUAGCAGAGGACGAAAUAGCUGAGGCAAGCACUCACCACCAUUUGUUUCAGAAUACCGGGACGACGCCUGGGUCGUUGCAGGGCCGCGCAUCCCUGACGCCGUCACCUCAGUCUCUGCCACACAGGUGGGGAUCACCUAAGCCAAGCCAAACGGCUCAGACAUGAGGCGUGCGCACUCCCUCUGACAUAAAGCAUGCACCCCCUAAUUUAUGAGGAGAGCUCCUUCUGGUUUUGAGGUUGAUCUCCGGUUUUUUGCUGAGAAAAAAGACCUCCGAGACCAAUGAGUGCAUGUGUGGGUCUGUUUGCUGGUACGAAUCCCAGAGCCCCCUAAUGAUGCAGUGCCCCACCAUAGUUGGUUGAAAACCUAGCUUUCUGAAGAGCAGUUUUCCCGGGCUUCACGGGUAAUAUUUAUGAUGUUGUAAUGGUGCCGGCCUGAGGACAUUUCCUGCAUUGUGGUUAAAUGCAUCGGUGUGAAGACUGGUGGAGAUAAUGCGUACAUGCUAUGAGAUGGUCCUCAGUUUCUUUUCACAGAAUCUUGUGUAGGCAUUUCCUACCUUAAUUAUUUUAAAUGCUUUAUUUCUCAUUGUUUUUCAUUGCACUUUCAUUUGGACCUUUAAUUUGUCAAUUUAACCGCUUCCACUUUCACAUUUUUAAAAUUGUUCACAAAAUCAAAGUAACAUGGGACUUCAAAACACCCAUGCUAGGCUAUUAAGAAAAUACCAAACUUACAAAUAUAAUGAAUUCAGUGUAAUAAUAUUGUUUAAUUAAAUAUAUAGACACACAUAUAAUUGCCACCUUAAAGUGAAACAGAACGUGCUAAAAUCAUAUCAUAGGAAUAGGAACUAUAACGAAUUGCUUCGCCACUUGGCCGAGUAGGGGGCCCCCACAGCAGUGGCUGUGGCCAAAACGUCAGGUAGAACAGCGCUGGAGAUCAUGGCUCCGGUGCUCCCACCGGAACUCUUCCCAGAACAGAAAGAUACACUGAUAUUGAAACAGUUUUCAGCAGACUGCCUGAGAAGACUGUGUAUGUUUCCACUGAGCAGAUGCCCCCAUGCCUUCCUGGUUUGGUAGUUUCACUACUGUUAGGAUCUAGAGCAUCAGUGGCUCACAAAGUACAGGAUACAUUUAACCCCAUUGCCACUUUCCCCCCGACACCUUGCUCCCUCCAGAUCCUAACUCUUGAUACCUCCAUCCAUUUAGAGGCGAGACAUUUCAGACAGACUUGUGCAGACCGCCAGUUCCUUGGGCCCCGGAUCCCACGCUUCAUUUACUUUCCCGUUCUACAGCAGCUGUGACCAAGGGCAUAAAAACUUGCUAAAAGGCCAAGGCCCCCUUCAUGAGGAAACCUUAUGGAGCUUUUUAUUCUUGGAAAAACAGGUUGACUUUUCCCCCACCCCAGUUAUAGUGUUGCACACAGAAGAUAAAGGGUGGAAAAUCUCAAACAAGCACUUGGCACACAGGCAAACAAGUCUGAUCCUCUCCUCCUUUUUCCUCCCCUUCGUGAAACACAGUAUUUAUAUUUUCCAGCCUCAGAGAAGAUAGCAGAACAUGAUCUUUCACAAGAGAAUUAUAGACCUGCUUAUUAUAAAACAGAUGUGCUCCGAUGGCAAAGUGCCUUUUCCCUCCGCCCCCAGCUCCCUGUCACCGUAUCUCACUUCUGCCUUUGCCGUAAUUACUGUACCCGUGAUCCCGACUGUCCGCGAGGCCGUCCCCAGCACACUGCGCUCGGAGCCCUGAGGUGCAGCCCCCCUCCUCCCCGUCCAGCACGCUUGCUCUACCUACAGAACUACCUGCCCCACCUCACAGGCACCUAGCGUCUGGUCUGCCGAGGCCGUGAGAUUCUGGAUCCCUGUUCUAAAGGCCUUUGUCUUCACAGGUGCCCACAUAGAGGGUCCUGCUAAAUAUGGGCCUCCCCUGGGAACUCCUAAGGAGAACCUUCUAUCCACAUCGCUUUCUGCGUAUUUUCAAUAGAGGGGAAAAAUAUAUAUAUAUAUACACACAUACAUAUAUAUAGGAGAGGUACUAUCGCCAUCAGCUACCCAUAAGUAGGACUACAUCCCAGCCACUUCUGUUUUCUCUCCUUUUUGUAUGCCCCCAACAGCCCGGCCAGUGCCGCCUGCCAGCCUGCACAGCCACCACCACCCAAAUCUGAUAGGACAGCGUGGAGCCAGCUUCGGAAUCGGGUCUGUCCUGAAAAAUUCAAAAUUGCUGUUUUCCAGCCCAGAACGCCUUAGAGCACAUGAACGCCCUUACUGUUUUCCACCCAAACAAAUGACUUGGUGCACUGUUAGGUAAUUGUUCCACUGCUUAGAAACUGUCGAAACAAAAGCAAAUCCGUGGAUUACCACCUCCCUAAGACCAAGCUAAUACCUGCUUUCCCUCACAUUCCCUCUCUCAUCCCAUCUGAAAUAGCUCACACAUAAAACACACGAGAAAAUAGCCAAUUAAUCUCCUAGAGCUGGCGGCUGACUCAGGGGAACCUCUUUUCACUUGAAAGGCCCAUUCCCUGGUGGAUCACUGGAGGAAAUCCCUCCUAACGGUGCCAGAAACUCAUGUGUGAGACCGUCCAACCCUGGUAAAAUGUUGGCACCUAACCCUGCAGGAGAGAAGCCAGUUCCCAAAAUAGACCUCACUUGUACCACUGAGGCCACAAAGUACUUUAAAAGCAGUCAACUGGAAUCGCAUCGUGUUCUUUCCAGGGCUGAUUUUCCCCAAAGUUGAAAGCCUCUUUAUGUGAAAACCACGUCAACGCCCGUCAUCCCCCUUUGCUUCCCUGCCUUUCAGGGGACCGUAUUACCCUUCCUUUCCUAUCCGUAGGACUAAAGAGUGAUACUCUUCGGAGCUUGCACACUUGAUUCGCUGAGGGGGUAAUCGUUUUUGGAUUCUACUAGACUAGGCCUCCACCAAAAAGGGAAUCUCAGUGGUGUUGGGAAUUUGUGGUUUCCAACUAACUCAGUGGGAUCUCAGACUCCUGCAAAGGGACUGUGCCAUGACUUCCUUCCGGGGCAGCGAGCACCCUGGCGUUGACCUCACUCCGGCAGCCAAAGGCAGCCUUUGCGAAGCUAGAGAGAGUCCACCUUGAUGAGGUCUGGCCUCUGGUGUGGUCACUGCGGGUGUACACCCUGGACAUUGACGCUGGACGGUUUCUCCCUGUGCCUCCUUGGAAAGGCUUGGCUUCCAACCCUGGGGGUUUGUUCUCUACCUAUUGGCCCAAAGAGGCCAUGUGGGAAUUACAGAAUCGGGCUAUGACCGGACGCCACACUGAACACUUCCUGCAAAGAGAGGCAUUAUCGGAGGAAGCCAAGAUACGGUUGCUCCUAAUUUAGGGUGAAGCCAGUACUGCUGUUCCUGAGUUUGGGCAGAAGUGUUCAUCCCCACCGCUCUGCCGCGCUCUACGGAAAUAACUGCAUUAGGAAGUCAUUCUUCAACUCUUGACUCUAAGACUGCUGAGAGUCAAUACAGAGGUUAUUUUAUUUUUUUACUUUUCCCAGUAAAGAGCGAUGCAUACAACUUCCCCCUUAUUUCUUGAAUUUUCUGUCUCCAUACUUUCCUUACUCUACGAUAAUGUCAGAAAGUAGAGAAUUUGGGGCGAAACACAAAUGAACACUCUUUCCUAGGCAUGAACUGAGUCAGUAGAGGUACCAUUUUCCUUCCGUUGGUACUUGCUAUCAGCUGGGCGUUAGCAUGCUGUGUACCUCGGACCAUUCUUCUAACCCCGCGUCUAGUAGAACUCACUGCUCGAGGUAGAGCCCGGUGAUGGGUGAAUAAGCCCCGCGCAGUUCAUUUAAGCAGACGAGUGUUGGUUUCUAUCAUGGGGCACAGUUAAGUCCUAGCACCCAGCAAUUCCCAAUGGUAGACAAUUCUAAUUUCAUUGUAUUCAGACCCUCUGACUUGAAGGGUUUUCUUUGGUGUGUCUUAGGGGGUGCACGCCAAGGUCAAAUCUAAGUCACUGUUAAACUCUAGGUAAAAGAAGUGUGGAAUGCCCUCCUCAGCACAACCAUGGUUGUCAGGGGUUUUAUUUAAAACGGGUUCCCGGUGAUCGUGUUACGGGGCACUCUCAUCAAGUGGCCUCCGAAGUGACAGAAGGCAUUUUUCAACUCAAGGAAAGGGGACAACUGCUAUUUCGCUUUGGCUCCUCCCUAUGGAAAGAGAAGCCACCUUGUUAGAAAGGGGUGGAACGAAGCCACGGUCGUUGCCCAGGGUAGAAGAUUCAAGCGCCUACAGCAAUUCUAAGCGCGGUGAAGACUCCCUUCUCUUGGCCAUAGCGCUGUAGACCAGCCUCUUCCCCCUCCCCUUGAUCUCAUCGCCCUCCUCCUGAGCCGGGGUCAGGCCUCCUGGCCAGAAAGCCGGCCACAGACCCGGCAGAUGGUGGGAGCCUGCACUCCUCCUCCAUGCUGGGCUUCCGCCCUGUCUUUCCCCGUAGGAGUGCCUUACAGUACUGCCUCGUGCUUCUAGUCUCCUCCGUGGACCCACUUGAAGCCUGCAGGGCCCUUUGCCUCAAUACAGAUCACUUUGCUUCUUCCCUGCUGGCCACUCUUCAUACAGAUGCGCUCGGAACCUGCACAUUCCACAAGCAUGGCAGACCUUUCACCUUUGUUUAACCUGGUGCCUUAACCUCACGAGGGAAGGAUUUCUUUGGGGAACACACUGCUAAAGUAGAAUGGUAGACACGUGGGCUUCUUAGCUCUGUGGACACUUAUACCAGGAAAUACAAAAGACACAACCACAUAAUGUUUUAACUUUGUUUUAUGCUGUUUUGUUUUUUUUUUUUUUAAUUACUCUUUUUAUUUGCUUGCUUGCUUUCUUUAACCAAACUCAGGGGAAUGUAUGUCAUGAUGUCACCAAGGCCAAUGAGUAGAGGAAUUAAACCAGUUCUCCGUAAAGUCGGUGAACUUAGCCUUUCUUCGGGUCAAAAAAUUACACAAACACAGAAUUUUCUUUUCUUUUACUGUAUAAAGUUUUUCUUUUUUACUUCGCCCCCUGUUUUCCAAGUAGGAGGUGGGAAGCCUCUGGGACACAUUGUGAUAAAAAUGUUUCUGGGUGGCGUGGGCAGUCCACCAAGCUAUUAAAUUUGGCUUUUGCUGCUGGAGGCCUAGGUUCUGAUUUCGGUCACCUACCACAAUCUUAUUUUGAAUAGCCAGAAGCCUACCAUACAAGAUUGGGGGUGGGGGGUGGGGAACCUGUCUUCAAAGAAUAGUAAAAGGAGGGAAAACGUUUAGUUUGCAAAUGAAGAGCACUGAACCUGGUGCAGAAGAGUUCUGCUCCACUUGUUCCUCAGCUCCUGGGUCAGAUCCGUGUCGUUUUCCCUUAGUUCUGCUCGUGCAGUACAGAAUUAGCUACAAUUCUAGGUUUGGGCUAUUAUAUCACUCUGUGUUGAGCUAUUUGAAAUGUGCGAAUAUACACACACACACAUAUAUAUGUUGUUUCUGUUUUCUGGAAUGUAUUGCCUUUUGUUUUGGCAUAACUUAUACAUGUUUUUGUUUAUAUCAUUUUUAAAUAUCAGUAACUGUAAUAAUAUAAGAUGAAGUUGUGUUGUUGACAAAAGCCCGAGUUUUUAUGGUCAUCUGUCAUAUAAUUUAAGUGCACCAGUUCCUAAUGUAUAAAGUUAUCUCUCUCUCAAUAAACAAU